AUGGAGCAAACAGCACAGCAUAGACACAACAAUUCACACUCGGCUCAUGAGCUCGAGAGGUUUCAUACACCAACAAAAGAAGAGUUCCAGACUCAACCACAUCAUGACUACCAACGAGAUGAGUCGAAUCCUCUCUGCAGGUCAAACUCAACGCCAACGCCAGGCUCACCACAACAAUCCGAUAAAGUAUUGCACCAUCGACGACCUAGCAGAGCAGUCGCUUUGGAGAAGCUUCGAAAUCGCCCCAAAAAGCUACGGAAGGCUCUGAUUGCCAACAUCCUGAGAUGGUUCGCUUCAGUGCUGUUUGUUGUCGCCAUUUACGUGAUAUUAUGGUACUACUCAAGGCUAGACAUCAUGUCAACGACGACAAAACGAGAGUUCAACGCUCUCAUCAUUGGACUCUCCCUCGGUCUGGGAAUGAGCAUAACGAUAUCUCUAGAGGCAAUGGCUGUGGAGAUUAGAUAUUGGAUUAUCAGUCUUCGAGACUGGCCAGAUCGAGAGACCGAGUUGAUAUUGAAAGCAAAGGACUUGACCAAGAUCAUCCAACUCACCUGGGUAUCUAAAUCACGUUCACUACGGUCAUACGCUGUGGCUUUCAUAAUACUCAACAUAAUAUCCCAGGUUGCUCUAGCGAUGCUCGGCCUUGUCUACUCAACAAACACGGCAGACUCGGCCGCAAUCCUACACCCGGGCAAUGUCACAAUACCAGACAUGUCCAACAUCGUCACAAACAGAGUUCUCGCUGACAAGUCGCGAAACAGCUCACAAGCCCUCGGUGCCUUGCGAUACACUGCAAACAGUUAUGGCACGAUCGCCCUUGGAGCGAGCUGGGGAGGCAUGGACGAUAUUCCUAAACCUGGAACACUCUGGGACAACAACGAUCCUUUGGCAUUCUGCGGCGGAAAAUCUUGUACAUACGUCUUCCAAGAAUCUACUUCACGGCCCAAGAACUACGACCUCGUGGUGAGCACCAACAGGAGCGUUGAAGCCACAGGAGAUUGCCGCAGCUGGAAAGUCGCAAAGGGAGGCAACGGAAACGAAAUCACCAUCACAAUCGACGACGACAAGAAGACACAAGUCAACAUCACAGCCAUAAACGGUGCCAACCAAACAACAUUCAUGUUCAACGCCGCGGCACCCCAAGGCCAGACAUGGAGCCAAGUCACAGCCUUUGAAGCCUCAAGUUCCCAAGCAUGGUUCUACCGCUGUAACGUCAGUAUCGGACCUGUCGUCAACGCUAUACGAAAGGAGCACUACAUCGGAACCAACAUCACAUCUCUUGCCACUUCAGCUAUAGCACUUCAAGGAUACGGAGCCUCUUCGCUAGGUCCUACGGACAGCGAUCGACAGUUCCAGAGCUAUCCUGCCGAGUCGUCGUAUGGGCAGCCCAUGAAUGGGAGCACAGACGACAUGGGGCAGGUGAUGUCGACCUUUGCGAUUGGUGUAAUAGCUGUUACGGCCCAGUCUUCUACUGGCAUAAUAGCUCCGGGGAUGCAGCCUCAGAAUGGUGUUGUGUUGCAGAUUACAAAGUGGAUGUAUGUCCAUCUCAUCUUGGGCUUGAGUUUGGGUGUGCAGUUGUUACUGGGUGUUGGCAUUGCGAUACUGUCCAACUUGCCUUCGCGAUAG